AUGGCUCAAUCCUCAUCGAAUCCUGUAAUUGAAUUGAAUGGAGAUGAGUUCUGGCCACUUUCUGGGAAACCAUUCUUUGAUGUCAUACUCACCAAAUCAGAAGUGAAACCCAUUUACCAACUGGGGAUCCCAGCCAAACUCGAUUCAUUACUGCCAUCUGGUUCAGUCCAUACCAUUCUCACAUUUGGGGGUAAGAGUUGGGAGAUGACCUAUAAUGGAGAAAAACGUCAUAAACAAUUUGACCGAAAGUCAUGGGGAGCAUUUGUCGAUGAUAACAAUUUGAAGGCUGGAGAUGGAUUGGUCUUUGAACUCACAGAGUGCAACAGCAUACAAAUAGGAUUCAGAGUCCAAAUCCUGAGAGGUGAUAUCCCUGAGGAACUUUUAGAGAAGGCCAACCGUGAGGCAGAAAAACCCAUUGUUAUACAAUAA